GACGCCCACAUAUCAUUCUCUAUUACUAUUAUUUGAGAGAAGAGAAGAGGAAUCCACAUCCAAGCAACAAUCCAAACCAAAUGGCGGAUCAGCUAACCGACGAGCAGAUCUCCGAAUUCAAGGAAGCCUUCUCGCUAUUCGACAAGGAUGGCGAUGGCUGCAUCACUACCAAGGAGCUUGGUACCGUGAUGCGAUCUUUGGGGCAGAACCCCACAGAGGCGGAACUUCAGGAUAUGAUCAAUGAGGUUGAUGCUGAUGGCAAUGGGACAAUCGAUUUCCCAGAGUUCCUCAACUUGAUGGCCAGAAAGAUGAAGGAUACUGAUUCAGAGGAAGAGCUCAAGGAAGCUUUCCGUGUUUUUGACAAGGACCAGAAUGGAUUCAUUUCUGCAGCUGAGCUUCGACAUGUCAUGACAAACCUUGGGGAGAAGCUUACUGAUGAGGAGGUUGAUGAGAUGAUCCGCGAGGCUGAUGUAGAUGGUGAUGGGCAGAUCAACUACGAGGAGUUCGUCAAGGUCAUGAUGGCCAAGUGAGAUCCGAACAACCAAUUCUAAAUCAUUUGAAAGUAUGAAAUAGACCAUAAAAGGAAUAAGGGCAGAUAAGUCUGAUGAGAUUUCUAUUUUCUCUUAGAUGUAUUCUUCUGGCAUUAUCAGCUUUAUUUUGGUACUCACCUGUUUUUCAUUUUGCAUUGAUUUUUAAGUGCUUUUGUUCUUCAA